AACAGUUCAGCAUGUUAGUUAUCCUCAUAAAUUUAAAUGGGCUACAAAUAUUCUUUUAAUGAAGAAAACUUACCGUGAUGUGGAGUAAAAUAUUGUUAAGGCCAAUGACGUAAAGCAAUUUGACAUGUUCCACAAUAUAGCUGCUCACUACGGACAUUGCGGAAUGCUUUUGAUUCGCCAUGUGCGAGCGUUGAUUUAUACUUCAAUAUAUCUGUCAGAUUCGGCGCUGGCACCAUUGUAGACUUUGGGAAUCUGUUACUGCUGUAUCUUAUUGACAUUUGUCAAGUUUCUGCCCUGCUAGUUCUGUUGGUGCUAUACACAAUUGAAAUGUUUAUGCACGUACAUUUCCAGCUGCUUGUGACAGUAGCGUAAGUCACAAUUUUUUAGCAGCGUACAUUUUUCGCGAAAACGUUGUCGUAUGACAAGUGCUGCGAGCACUCUGAGGUAUCAGAUGUGGACUAUUGGCAAGAUGUUUAAACAGUCAUGGGCCUAAUAACGUUUUGCGGAAAGAUCUCACUCAACUGAACUUCUCCGCUGUCUUAAGUGUGUGUGUAACAAAAAGCUUCAUUUGUCAUGUGAUGAUGAUGCCAAUAAUUCUAUUUAAAAGUACACACCAUCCAGUUUGCUGAACAAAGUACUUUUAUCCCAGGAAGGAUGUUAUGGCUGUCCACCUCCAUUUUGUGACAGAGUAAAGGAUUGACGAUUUCACUACCCCAUCAAUUAUCGAGAGAUGUAAGAAGAUAAUUUACUGUGUAUCACCAACAUCUUACUCUUUGGACUGUUAUGCUGUUGUGGUGUGUGUAGCCCAAGGCACAAAUGCAGUCAUCUGUUGGGAAUGUAAUUCAUGUGCCAUUAAAUCUUAGCUGGCUUCCUGAAGAAGAUUCACGGAUGUCAGUUGACAGCUACGAAGAUGACUGGUAUAGGCUAAGUGAUAUACGAGUUAAUGGCCAGGUUUUGGAGUACACUGGACGGGGUAAAAGCAUAAUUGACGUGGGCUUGGCCCAAGCCAGAGCUCCACUGACUACAACAAAUCACUAUUUUGAAAUUGAAAUUAUAGAUCCCGGAGAAAAUUGCUAUAUAGCGAUUGGAUUGACCAGGAGGAAUUAUCCUAAACAUAGACAUCCAGGCUGGAACAAAGGCUCCAUUGGCUAUCACGCAGAUGAUGGAAAAAUCUUUGUUGGUAGUGGACUAGGUGACCCAUUUGGUCCUAGAUGCUACAAAGGUGAUCAUAUGGGCUGUGGAAUAAUAUUUCCUCGUGAUUACGUCUGUGAUUAUGACAGUGAUGGUGGUUCUGUUGAUAUGAGCCCAUCGUCUCCCACAGAAGUUGAUGACUUACUGCUUCUACUUGACACAAGUGAUAGUGAAGAUGAAGACUGGUGGAAUGGACGCUAUGAAAUGGAAUGUGAUAGUAAAGUGAAGGUCUUCUUCACACGCAAUGGCAAAACAAUUGGCAUUAGGCAAGUCAGAAUUCCUAAAGGAGGAUUUUUCCCUACAGUUGGUAUGCUGAGUGUUGACGAGAAGGUACGAGUUGACUUAAGGCCUCUAACUGGCUGAUUUUGGUGCCUACUAAUAGAAAAAUGUAAUUCUGGAAUAAAUAAAAAUGUUACUGGCUGCAGAA